GAGAUGGACAACGCCAUGGAAAUGCGCACAGAUGGUAACUCCCUGUUGAAAGCUGUCUAUCUGAGCAGACUGCGCCUCACUAGAUUAUUGCUCGAAGGUGGGGCUUACAUCAAUGAAAGCAAUGAGCGAGGUGAAACCCCUCUAAUGAUUGCUUGCAAGACAAAACAUGUGGACCAACAAAGCAUCAGCAAAGUGAAAAUGGUGAAAUAUCUUCUGGAAAAUCAUGCUGAUCCUAAUAUUCAGGACAAAUCCGGGAAGACUGCUUUAAUGCACGCAUGUGUAGAGCGGGCUGGUGCUGAGGUCAUAACAUUGCUGCUGAAAAACGGAGCUGACCCAAGUGUGGAAGACCAUUCAGGUGGUUCUGCUUUGGUUUAUUCUGUGAACUCUGAUGAUAAGGAGACCCUUAAAGUUCUGCUGGAUGCCUGCAAAGCAAGAGGAAAAGAAGUAAUCAUCAUCACAAUGGACAAAUCGCCCUCUGGCAGGCAGACAACCAAGCAGUAUCUAAAUGUUCCCCCUUCUCCAGAUAUUGAAGAUCGACAUUCACCAGUCCCUUGCACCUCACCCUCAGGUAUUGAGCUUAAAACAUCAUCACCUCCCCUAGCAAACAAUACAGUGAAAGAUAAGCAUGUGUUUAGCUUCAGAGAUCCAGCUCAGCUCUUCAGUGACAAAGGUUCCUCUGAACCAGCUUCCCCUACUAGCAAGCCCAGCCAGCCACAACCUAGGGCCAAUUUUCUCCAGCUGCAAAGGUUGCAUUCUGAACCUUGGCUGACCCUUUCUCCUUCACUCUCCUCUCAUCACAAAACAUCUUCAUUUCAUGAAGAGGUGCAGGACCUGACCACAGAAGAAGACCUAUCCCUGAAAAUCAAUGGCCUAACUCUACCCAAGCGACUCUUCACCAGGCAUCAAAGUAUUGAUGUAAAAGACACUGCAGCUUUAUUAAGAACCUUAGGUCAAGCUUCAGCUUUAACUGCACCAAGGAAAUUUUCCUGUGAUGAAAUACACUCCCAAUCCCUUCAGUCCAGUCUAUGUCGUAAUAACACAGUUCCUGUGGACCAGGAUCCAGAUUCAAUACAAUCGAUUUCUGUUUCAAGUUUACAGAGCAUUGUUCAGAAAAGAAAUUUGGGCAUUGAUCACUAUAAUUCUGACUCACAACUCACAAUCUGCUCAAAGCAAACUGCAGUGGACGAAAGCAAAGUAUUAUUGGAGCGGAAAAAAAUGACCUCUUCUCCGGUAUCCGUGCUAACCAGUUCUAAAGAGUCUCCUGACAAUUUUCCAACUGGCUCUCUGAGAGCUGCAGGCAAGAAGCAUGCUGGGAUUCUGGAGAGGCGAGGUUCAGGGACACUGCUCUUAGACCACAUUGCACAAACAAGGCCAGGCUACCUCCCGCCUCUAAAUAUAAAUCCCCAUCGUCCAAUUCCUGAUAUUGGAGCCAACAACAAAGGACCUGUGUCACUUUCCAGUGCUGCAAAGCCUCUAAUACCAGCAGCUCCAAACAGUCAAAAACGAACAGAUAUAAAAAGCAAAAAGAUGUUGUUCAGGAGGCAUUCAGUCCAGCUAGAGCAAAUGAAACAGCUGGCAAAUUUUGAGGAAAUAUUUGGACAGUGA